ACUCGCUCCUCCUUCUGUACCAAGACAGCCUCCGAAAUGCUUCUCCCGUGAGCGUACGUGGCCAUCACCAAAAAAGUUUACUGGUGGGCAAGAAGUAGCCGUAGUGCAUCUCGCUGAAGACUAUUUUGAGAGUGGUGGCCAGAACGCGCAGUAUUUACUUCAUUUACUGUGUCGUCCAACCAGUCCAACCGAUGUGAACGAACGGCCGGCCACCAGGAUCAUCAUCAUCAUCAUCCUGUAAUGGCGGUGACGCGAUAGUUUCCGAUACGUUCUGAAUGUGGUACAGUAAGUUUAACCUAAUGAUAAAACAAUGUUAUGAAGAGAAAGAAGCAAAACAUCAAACAUCUCGCGCAUGGUUGCAAGAUCAACAUUGCCUUUGACAAAUCUCGCAGACGAGAGGCAACACCGUCUUCAGUACCGGUGAUCGCAUAUUUUGUUAGGCUUAUCGCAAACUUUCUAAGAGUUUUUAGUGAGCAGGAGUUACAGCUGGAGCCUAUUGUGACACUUUGCACUGCACACAAAAGCUGUUGGAUGACUGAGGCGGUGUUUGUUGCCACGUCGAACCUGUGUUGUUUUCGAAUAACUUGUGAAGUUUGAGCAGUCGUCGAUGCAUCUACACACAUAACAAGAUGGCUUUUAAUGAGAAGGUAGACCCAGAAUUGAUCUUCACGAAGCAGGAACGAAUCGGCAAAGGUUCUUUCGGUGAAGUCUUCAAAGGCGUAGACAACAGGACACAACAAGUGGUUGCCAUCAAGAUAAUUGACCUGGAAGAAGCGGAAGAUGAGAUUGAAGACAUCCAGCAGGAGAUCAUGGUGCUCUCUCAAUGCGACUCACCAUGGGUCACCAAGUACUAUGGUUCCUACCUGAAAGGAACCAAAUUGUGGAUCAUCAUGGAGUACCUCGGUGGCGGGUCUGCUCUGGACCUCAUGAAGGCGGGACGUUUUGAGGAGAUGCACAUUGCUGUCAUCCUUAGAGAGGUCCUAAAAGGGCUCGAUUAUCUCCACUGUGAAAGGAAGCUCCAUCGAGACAUCAAGGCAGCCAAUGUUCUUCUCUCGGAGCUUGGGGAUGUCAAGCUGGCUGAUUUUGGGGUUGCAGGACAGUUGACCAACACAACGAGUAAACGCAACACAUUUGUUGGAACACCCUUCUGGAUGGCUCCGGAAGUGAUCAAGCAGUCUGCGUAUGACUCCAAGGCUGACAUCUGGAGUUUGGGAAUCACAGCUAUAGAGCUAGCCAAGGGGGAACCUCCCAAUUCAGACCUGCACCCGAUGCGGGUUCUCUUUCUCAUUCCCAAGAACAGUCCACCACAGCUCAGUGGAAACUACAGCAAGCACUUCAAGGACUUUGUCGAAGCUUGCCUCAACAAAGACCCAGAAAACAGGCCGACAGCCAAAGAGUUGCUCAAGUUCCCAUUCAUUCGCAAAGCCAAGAAGACUUCAUACCUGAUGGACCUUAUAGAGAAACACAAAAGGUGGAAAGCAGCUGGUGGAGGCCAGAGUGACAGUGACUCCGAAGCCUCAGAUUCUGAUGACUCAAAGAUGAACGACACGUGGAAAAGCCUGCGCUGGGACCUGGGCACAGUAAAAGGACCCCAGCAAGAUGACAACAUUCGCACAAAGGUGAAGCUCAAUGGGGAAGGUUCCACUCCCCCAUCAGAUGUCAUAUACAGUCGACCUCCAAAGUUGUCUCCCACACGGCCUCCACCGGUGUCCUACCAGUACAACAAGGAUGAGAUCCACAUUGAAGAGUCUCCUCCUAGCAGUCCCAACAGGGAGUCUGUGGUACCUUUCCAGGUCAACAUUAUACAUCCUCUACUUGAUGAGGCUGAGAAGAGACACAAGAAUAACCACCGUGAUACUGAGCUUGUGGGAGCAGUGGAGGAAUUACGAUUAGCGUUUGAUCGGGCUGAGCGUUCCUGUCCUGGGGUAAGCGACCUCUUUGUACGAGAGAUGCUUCAUCGUCUAGCUCCUGCUCUCAACUCCCAUCUCAUUCAGGAUGCCCUGGAAAGGCUUAGAGAAAGCUCUUAAGGAUGGAGGACGGCCAAGACGAGUGCCAUUCCUUUAGUGUCAACAUUAGCCUGCAGACAGCUUUAUUUAUAUGUCUGCCAUGGAAGACACUCUAGUUAGUUGGGUUUCUUUCUCUUUGUGGUUGUUGCGCACAAGCUAUGUUGAGCAGGAAACGACAUAUCAUUUGUGUUUAUUUGUACAGAGACAAAUUUUAUUUUUCUCUAAUCGCAAUGUGUACAGAAGAGGUUUGUGCUCAAGAGAGAAGAAAAAAACUGUACUAUCCGGUGUGGCGGCAAUUACGGGGGGUGUCUGUCUAACAGCGUCGUGUACAUUUGACACGAAUACUGCCAUUGACUUCUGGCAGCUUAGGUCCAGCAGUACAAGCACAUAUACUUGCUAUUUUUGGGAGGCACAAUGUGAAAUUUAUAAUGGUGAAAAUAGUGAAUCUGAGUAGAUGAUCCAGAUGUGCUGAGAAAUUCUAUGGGAUAUGAUAGGCAGGAUCAUUUCGUCCUUACAGGAGCCGGACGGACUUAUAUUAUUUUUUGGCAGUUGAUGCUCACGACUAAAAAGAGUAGAAGGGUAGUUUUUUGGACUGAAUUGGUUUUUACAUUGGAAUCUCCCUAAGGUGUUGGCGGUUUGAACACAUUUUUCCUUUAUAUCAGCCUUGGGAUAAAAACAUGUUGAAAAGUUUUACCUCCUCUAAACGGGGAGCUGUAAAUAUAAUAAAAUGUACACAAUUGAA